AGAGCCCGGCUGCACGGAGGGAGCAGGUGGGGAGGCAGCCCCGCUGCUCCCAUGGCACCCAGCCCCUUCCCCGCACCCCUGCACCCACCGCUCGCCUCCACCCCACAGCCCCUGGCUUGGGCGCAAGGGCUGGUGUCUUCUGGGCUACUGAUGCUUUUGGUCUACACUCCCCACCGAUGGCUCUGAUGUCCUUUGCUGCCCCUUCGACCCCCAGCCUGGGACCCUCAGCCUCUCCGCCGGCGGUGGGGAUGCUUGCUGUCCUCCUGGCAGGCUGUGCCAGCCACCUGCCAGUCUCCUCGGAGUGUUUUCCCAUCACGUGUCGCUGCCUCGCUGGGCCAUCAGACCCUCUUAGUCUGUGAAAAUUCCCCCCGCUUCACCAGUGUCCUCCGGGGCUGCUGUCUCUUUGGCUUUCUGCUCUUCACCCACCCUAUUCCUUGGCCACAUCCUAUUCAGACCUUGCUCUCGGCUGGUCCUGCCCCUUCGGAGGCUUCGAGAAGAGCGGACAACUUCACGUGGAGGUACGGGCAGAGAUCGUCCUCAUUCAAUAGGACACUGGCUGCGGCAGGAACAAUUGGGGAGCCAUGGGCUGUCGGCUCAUCCGCGGUCUCUCCGGAGCCGCAGUCUUCCUUGUCAGCGUGGCUCUCCUCUCCGUGCGGCACCGUGGGGCUCAGGAAACAGCUCAGUACCCAGGACUCAGGGAAGGAAUGUUGGGGAAGCUGGAGCGACGGAGCAAAGCCAGCCCAGAGGAUGGAGGUGGUGGCGGGGGACAGAAGGACCUGCAAGUCCAUCCUCCGGAGGGAUACAGGACUGAGGGAAGCCUGACCCUUGGGGAUAUUUUCAUAGCUGUGAAGACAACCAAGAGAUUUCACCAGAGCAGGAUGGAGCUGCUCCUGGACACGUGGAUAUCCCGGGCCAGAGAGCAGACCUAUGUCUUCACUGAUGAAGAAGAUGAUGCCCUGAAAAGGAGAAUGGGUGACCAUGCAGUCUUCACCAACUGCUCUGCUGAGCACAGUCACCCAGCCCUCUCCUGCAAGAUGGCCGCUGAGUUUGACGCCUUCCUGGCCAGCAGCAGGAGCUGGUUUUGCCAUUUGGAUGACGACAACUACCUGAACCCUCGGGCCCUCCUGAAGCUCUUGUCCUCCUACUCUGCAACGUGGGAUGUUUACCUGGGGAAACCCAGCCUGAACCGACCCAUCCGAGCCUCCGAAACGCUGCCAAACAACCAGACGAAAUCUGUGCGCUUCUGGUUUGCCACGGGAGGAGCUGGGUUCUGCAUCAGCCGCAAGCUGGCAAGCAAGAUGGUGCCAUGGGCCAGUGGCAGGAACUUCCUGAGCACUUCAGAGCUCAUCCGCCUGCCGGACGACUGCACCGUGGGUUACAUCAUUGAGUGCAAAGUCGGGGGGCAGCUGUUGCCCAAUGAGCUCUUCCAUUCCCACCUGGAGAACCUGCAGCUUAUCCCCCCCUCUCGGCUCACACAGCAGGUCACCCUCAGCUAUGGUGUCUUUGAGAACAAGCUCAACGUUAUUGAACUCCGUGGCCCCUUCUCACCCCAAGAGGAUCCCUCAAGCAGGUUUCGAUCACUCCACUGCCAUCUCUAUCCCGACACCUCCUGGUGCUUGCAGGCUGUUGGCUGGUGAUGCCUGAGCCUCAUCUACAGUGGUUCCUGGUGACAUCCAUUCACCUUGUGCAUGUAGGGGGUGGGACACUAAAGAAGCUUGGUGCUCCCAACUUUCCCUUUUCUAUGGUGGUCUUGAGGAUGUGUGAUGGCUUUUUUUGUCCUUACUGAACACCAGUGACACAGGGCAAGAGACGAGAUCUGUGCGAAAGAUGGAUAACACGGGCUGCACACAUGGAUGCUCUUCCCAUCUGUGGUGGGAUACAUGCAAGGGAUAGGAGCAGUAUGCCUUCCUGAGCAGAUCAAGGAAUGGGUGGUGACUGCUGGGCAUGUGAGUAGAGGUGGGGACCUGCUGCUGCUCCUUGCUGUGGAUUCAUCUUGCUGGACUAGAAAUGCACUGGGUAUGGCUAACCAGUGCCCAGUUGGGUAGAUGGCUGAUAGUGUGCCUUGGCUCCAGCCUCUCUGAGCAGGUCCUCUUCCUCCAUAUCUGCCUGUGCUUUCCCCACCGCCCACUCUUCCCAACCUUGACUGAGUCUCUGCUUAGUUAAGGUCUAGAGAAAUGGAAAAUGUGACCAUUUCUGUGCUGAAUGAGUGCUGGGAAAGCAUAGUUCUUGCCUGGCAGAGGGGAGGUGGGCAGGAAGUACAAAGAAUCAGGAAUCCCCCUGCCUGCUGGGAUAAAGAAGAGAGCGUGGGGUGGGGAGCCAGGAGGAGACAGAUUGAGAUGAGGCCAGUUUCUGCACUGAACAUGGAAGGCUUGAACUUGCAUGUCCCUGCAUUAUUUCUCUCUUUUUACCUACAUGAUAUGGGGUCAGGAUAAUCUCUUGCUCUAAUUACCAACCUGUCGUCUGAGAUUAGACUCCAACUCUUACCUGUGAGAGAAGAGACAUAAAGGAUUAAGACUGGCUGAAAAAGAGGAGAAAGGAAGAGAUGGAGAAGGAGCACUCAGGAGCGGAUUAGAGGUUACAGCUUUAUAAUCUUCUCUGUGCCCCGACCAAAAAAAAUUAAGUCAUGAAGGAAUGGAAACAGCAAGGCAAAGAGCUUUUUAUCUCUGUGUUUCUUUCCUCCAGAUGCUAAGAACAGCUUUCUGCCUUCCCACUGUCCCUGCUGAGCCCAACAGGGGGAAGGAGCAGGCCCAAAUAGGUUACAAGAUUUCUGGCAUGUUUGUGGAGGCUUCUUUUCUCAGUACAGAGCCUGGCAUGAAAGCUGGGCAAUUCUGCUUGCUGGGGAAUGAACUUUGGCACCAUUUUGUCCUUGUACACACGGUUAAAUGGCUGGGGGAAAGCGAUGCAGGGAAAGCUGGAAGGCAAAGAGGCUGUUUUAAAUGGCAGGUGGUGCCACAAACAGGUAUUUCUCUUUAAAGAGCCUUUCAAAACACGCUGCUGGGAUCUGUGAAAGAUUCCUGUAAUCUCCAGAUGAAAGGACAAAUGCCCUUUCUCCAAAGAGCUGCUUAGCUUUGAUGCUGCUGAUGUGACUAAGCCUGCUGCUGGUGGGCUGGAAGAGCCAAGGGCGACUAUCACUGUGCCUCGACCGUUUUGAAAACUGGCCAAUGUCGCCUCCUCCCCCCUGACCCCCAAGCACCAGCAUCUCUUACAUGGCACACAUGAGGUUUAAAGGAAAGGCGUCAGAACAACCUUCCACCUCUGCAAAGGAGGAUGUGGAAACAAACGAGCACUUUAAUUUCUGGAGAAGCAGAAAGAGGAGCCUGUAGAGCUGUUUUCCAGCCUGAUCACUCUUACCAGCCUUUAACCAGCUUGUGAAGCAGCAGAAAGCCCUGCUUUCUUCUCUUGCACAACAUGCCUUUGAACUGGAAAUUCAUCCAGAGGAGGGACAGGGGUUAACUGAUGCCAAUGACCAUUCCUUGGGUCAUGCAAAGCACUUGGCUCACACAACUACAAGGACCUAGGAACAAUGCGGCUCAAAACAGAGACACCCAACUAUUUGAAGACAGGUGCAGCAUAAAGAAGUCCUGCCCCACAGGGCAAAUGAUUUGGUUUGAACUUAACCAGAAGACAAAAAAUGCUUCUGUGUGAAGAAGUGGGAGUCUUCACGAGAAAUCUACACUACCCGGAUAUCUUAUUUUCCCAUUCAAACUGUCAGCUGCAUUGUUAAUUGAGUCUCUGUGCUAAAAAGCCAGUCAGUCCUAUCUGUAGAUAUCCUGGUGACAACCAAAGCAUAAUGUGAUUCGUGUGCCUGGAGAAGAAACUGAUAGUUUCCCUCCUUUCCCUGGGGAACAGGAAGGCAGAGAACCUGGAAGCCUGCUUUGGAUCCUGGUCCGUUUUGGCCUGGUGCCUUUUGCAUGGCUGAAGAUCAGAUGUUAAAUGGGUUGAGUCCUUGAGUGGCUGCAUGGGGACUGGUUUAAGACUCGGCUUCAUUGCUGGAGCAGUUAAGUGCCACUUAUGUGGAAAAUGUCUUGUCUCAUAAGGAAACCGAGAACAGACGAGAAGAUGUCUGGGGCAGGGCUUCUCUUGGGCUGUGGAGAGACGAAUGACAGAGAAGUCCUGUUAUGCCUGUGACGACAAUGCGCUGGAAAGAAAAUAGCUUCUCGGAGUCGACAAAAGAAACCAGGUUUUCUCUAAGAACAGAGAGACAGCUUAAGGGGACAUUCACCACAUGAAAUCUGAUCAAUGUUAAAACCUGAGUUAAAAUUAGUUUCAGGAAUGGUUCCUGCCCCUGAGGCUUGCUGUCAGAUGUUGUGGUUUUACAGUCUCAUUUUCCUAGUUUAUUAAAGUGUUUAGCUGCUUGGGAAAAUGAGAAACAAUCUCACGUGAAACUUUUCAGGGGACUGUCUGUUUUUAUUCUCCUUCAUGAUUUUCUGA